UGAGCUCCAUCCUGACAACCGCCACAUAACGACGUUCAGCACGCACGUUGGACUAAAACGUUACAAGCGUCUGAUGUUUGGCAUAAAUGCCGCUUCAGAAGGUUUUCAGAAUGCGAUCGAACAGAUCCUAACAGGCUUGCCGGGAUGCAGGAACAUAUCUGAUGAAAUUAUCAUAUACGGGAAAAACCAGAAAGAGCACGAACAGAACCUCCAGCAAGUACUCCAGAGACUUAAGGAACAUGACGUUCKUUUACACAAGGCCUCGGCGCCCUUCUAGUACAGAACGGAAAAGUCGUCAGCUAUGCCAGCCGUGCGCUCACUGAUGUAGAACAAAGAUACUMUCAGACAGAAAGAGAGAUGCUAGCUUUUUGUGUGGUCAAUGGAACACUUUCAUCUCUAUCUAUACGGAUCAUCAUUCAGAAUCGUCACAGACCACAAACCACUUCUUGGAAUCUUCAAGAGUCACAAACCAAUGUCAGCUCGAAUUGAGAGAUGGAGGCUGAGACUGAUGCCUUAUGACUACGAGCUUAUCUACAAACCAGGCAAUGACAACCCUGCCGACUUCAUGAGUAGACAUCCAUCGGCAAGUCCUAGUAUCGCAGAGAGCUAUGUAAACUAUAUCACAACCAACGCCGUACCUAUUGCAAUGACACUUCAAAAGAUCAAGACCGCCACUAAGACUGACCAUGAACUCCAGUCAUUGUUGAAAGCAAUCGAAACCGACAAUUGGACUGAUCCAAUCGUAAAGCAGUACGCAAACGUUAAGGACGAACUCGCAGCAUACAACGGAAUGGUACUUAGAGGGGACAGAAUCAUAAUCCCUCACCAGCUCCGAGAUAAAGCAGUCGAUCUCGCACACGUUGGUCACCGAGGAAUUGUGAAAACUAAACAGCUCAUACGUGAGAAGGUGUGGUUCCCACACAUCGACAAGAUGGUAAAAGACAAAGUCGAGAAAUGUCUGUCAUGUCAAGCUGCGACAGGACCAAGCAACCAGUCUCGCAUCGAACCGCUAAAGAUGACUCCACUUCCCCAAGGACCCUGGAAGGAGGUAGCACUUGACUUCACAGGACCUUUUCCUUCUGGCGAAUACCUUCUUGUCGUGAUAGACGAGUACAGUCGCUUCCCCGAUGUCGAGCUGAUCACCACUACAUCGSCAAGAGCGACGAUACCAAAACUCGAUGCCAUCUUCUCGAGACAAGGCAUACCAGAAAUCGUUAAGAGAGACAAUGGCCCGCCCUUCAAUGGGAAAGACUUUGCAAACUACGCAGAAUACGCAGGAUUCCAUCACCAAAAGAUCACCCCAAUCUGA